CUAAGCCAUUUUUUUUCUUGUCUCUAAUUCCUCCCUUCCACAACGUACAAUUCUUCCUUCUCGGCCGCAUCGCACGCUCCAUCAGCUGCUGCGCCGCGUCUCCUGCGAAACUUCCGACAGCAUCGUCAAUCGCCCUCUCUCGGCUCCAUCCCGCGCCUCGCUGCAUCUUCGCAUCGCCAUUGUCCAUCAGCAUCCUCCGGUCUUCUCGUCACGAUCCGCGCCAGAGACACCACAAUGCCCGCCAAGAGAAAAUUGGUCGCCGAGGCUAACUUUGAGCCAGCCAGCGUGCCCUCUCCGCUGCCACCGUCCGUCGAGGAAGCCUAUCGACGGAAGUGUGUUCAGCUGAAGAAUCGCACAAACGAAGUCGAGGAGGCCAACGAUGCUGCCAGGCUGCGGCUCGCUCGCAUAAAGCGCCAGGUCGAAAAGCUGAGGAUAGAACGGGCGUUUCUCCUGGAGCAAUUAGCCAAGCGCACCAGCACCAACGUCGAAGAUUCCGAAGGCAGCCCUAGUCCACCUCCCACGGCAACCACAUUCGAUAUCCCAGUUGAGGCGAAUGCUAACCCCCGAAAGCCCAAGGAUAAGCCGUUGCGCAUUAAGAAAGGCCACCGCAAAUCCAACGCGCCAGCAGAUACCGACGCGAAGCAGAGCGCUACAAAAGAGCCCGCGUCCCCGACUUCCGAGUCCAAUAGCCAGGCCAAGGGUUCUCGUGCCAAUGGCGUGUCUAAGGCCUCCAAGGAGUACAAAGACCCCUUUGAGCUCUACUGUGAAGAAGCCCGACCUGCUCUCGAAGCCAAGAACAAGGAUGACGCCGACAUGAAUAUCGAGGAGGAGCUCACGCGUGCCUGGGAGGAACUGCCAGAGGCCGAAAAGGAGGAAUACCAAACCAAAUUCGACGAACUGAAGAAAUCUCGGGAGGAGGAAGACAAGACCGCUGCUGAAGCUGAAGCUGAAGCCGAGGCUGAAGCAGAAGCAGAAGCAGAAGCAGAAGCAGAAGCAGAAGCAGAAGCAGAGGCCGAAGCAGAGGCUGAGGCUGAAGCAGAGGCUGAAGCAGAGGCAGAGGCAGAGGCUGAGGCAGAGGCAGAGGCUGAGGCUGAGGCCGACGCUGAUGUUGACGCAGAUGUCGAAGCUGAGGUUGAGGCUGAUGCCGAUAACGAUACUCCCAAGAAGGGCAUCAAGGCCGAACCCCAGGCAGAGAAGCCUAGGACUCAUGACGAAGACGUAGAGAUGAGCAACUACGAUACCGAGGACCAGGAGACUCAGGAGAAAGAUGGCGAUGAAUAAACGCAUUUAAAGAGGCAACUACGCGGGCUUACGGGAUGGGGGGGUUGAAGACAUGCGCGGAGGGCGUUUCUGGUACAAUAUAAAGAGGGCUUCCUUUUUUUUUUCCUUUUUCCUUUUGCCUUUUCUAUUUUCCUUUUCCUUUUCUUUUUGUCGUUCAAUGGCAAUGUAAUUG